AGGUGGCGGGUUUGUUCAUGGCAAUUGCCGAGUCCUUAAUUAAAGCGAAGGCAGAAACAACCUGUGACCGUGCCUGUGUGUGAGCUUCUCAUCUCAUAUCAAUUCAAUUCAUUUAUAUAUGUGAUGGCCAUCUUCCCUUGAAUCCAAUAUACUAGUAGUUCCUUUCAGAUCCUAGCCUUUUUUGAUUUAUUGUCUAGUCUCUGUCGCUCUCCUUUGCUUCUGCACACACAUAGAUAUGAGCAACACCAUGAGGCCAAGGAGUAAGGCCAUGUUUUAUUUGGUUUACGACAGGGGUUGACACAUGACAUCUUUCUCCAACCUAUUCAUUAAGCUUGUAAUUCCAUCCUAUUAGAUCCCUUUAUCUUUGUAUAUCUCUGAUUUGAAAGUAACAAAAAAAGAUGGAUGAUGGGGUGAUGCGUAAGAAGAAAGGAGGGCUGAUAACCAAAACAUGGGAGCGAUGCAAGUCUAUAGGACGAGGCCGCAAGGUGAAUUCUUCCAAUCCUGUGGCUAUGACUCUGAGGAGCAAAUCGUGGCCAAGCCGUGAGGGGUCAAAGUCAAAGAAAAGCAGUGUGACCCCUGAAGGUUGCUUCUGUGUUUACGUGGGACCCCAGAUGCAGAGAUUUGUUAUCAAAACUGAGUACGCAAACCAUCCCUUGUUCAAGAUGUUGCUCGAAGAAGCUGAGUCUGAGUACGGUUACAACAGCCAGGGUCCUUUGGCUCUUCCUUGCCACGUUGACAUCUUUUACAAGGUCUUGAUGGAAAUGGACUGUGAAGAGACUCGUCAAGGCUGCACCUGCGUCAACCGUUCUCCCUCCGCUUAUCGUCUUCUUCGCACUUCCUCCAUGCAUGCCCUCAACCCCUUCUAAUCCAUCUGCAUCUUUACCAACUCCAUCUCUUGUCCUAGUAUUCCUGCAUGAAUAAUGUAAUAAUCAUCGUUUCAAUUCUCUUUCCUUCUGCUCUGCUGUUGUAACUUGUAUCAUAUAUGUAUAUGCUUCGUCCUAUUUCCAUUUUCAUUUUUA